AUGAUGAAAGAAUUCGAGAUGACGGACUUGGGACUCAUGAAGUAUUUUCUUGGGAUCCAAGUGAAGCAGUCGCCUGGAGAAAUAUUUAUUUCACAGGAGAAGUACACCGAGGAUAUGCUCAAAAGAUUUCACAUGGCAACAUGCAAACCUAUCUCAACACCGAUGGCGUUGAACGAGAAAUUGCAACGCAAUGAUGGAGCUGAAAAAGUCGAUGGAAAGCUGUACAGAAGUCUCGUCGGGUCACUCAUUUACCUGACACAUACCAGGCCUGAUAUAUGUCAUUCAGUAAGUCUUAUAUCAAGAUUGAUGAAUGAACCUAGCAAACUUCAUUUUGCAGCAGCCAAAAGAAUUUUGCGGUAUCUUCAAGGUACAAAGAAAUUGGGCCUGAUGUACAAGAAAGAAGCAGAAAGCAAGCUGACUGGAUUUACCGAUAGUGACUGGGCAAGAUCACUGGAUGAUCGAAAAAGCACAUUGGGGUACAUAUUCUGCCUGGGUUCAAACCCAUUUCCUGGAGUUCAAAGAAGCAGAAGACUGUGGCUCUAUCUUCAGCGGAAGCAGAAUAUAUCGCAGCUACAGAUGCAGCAUGCGAAGCAGUAUGGCUGA